AUGGCUGAGGAUGAAUGCAAGUACGUACCUCCGUGGACCCAGGGGGUGUGCAAUAUCAGAGUGGACCUGCCUGCAGCGUUUUGUGGAGAUGGACGUAAACUUUUCGCUACCUGGAUAAAACAGUUCGAAGCGGCGGUCCGCGCUCAGACCCGGGGUGAUGGGAGAAGCUAUGCCGCGUCCUUAACCGCUCUGCUGCCCACCCGGCUGGAUGGUGCGCCGUUUUUUGUUGUGGGACAGCCUGCCCUCGUCUGUGCAACGUGCGUCUCGGCUCGUCCCCGUGGGGCGAGCGAGAGCCUGGAGCUGUACGCUGCAGACCUUUCCCGGCUCGUUGCUGAAGCUUUCCCGGAGUAUGACAAAAUGGCACAGAAUGGUGAGAAGUUCCGUCGCUUUCUGGCUGGACUUGACCCUGGGCUGCGGGCCAAAUGCCACGAACAGGGCGCAACUGACUUGGAGGAAGCACUGAUGAUAGCGGGUCGAUGCGAGCGCGCUAGAAUGGCCCUGGGUGUGGGUCUACAGAGCGGACCCGGCUCCCAUCCUGCACCAGCCACGGUGGCCUCUCUCUCCGCGGCUGAGGGGACAGCGCUGGGCACUUCCGGAGUGACGGGAAAGCUUCUCGGUGCUGUGGAGCGGCUUACAGACAGGAUGGACAAACUACAGAUGGAGGUGGUCAAUUUGAGAGCACAACGGAGUGACCACACACCUCGCACUAGUCAAGGUUUUCCGUGUGCCUGCGAGUGUGGCGGAUUUGGCUGCAGAUCCUCUGCUCGUGAGCAUCGCGUGGAGUGCAAUGGUCGUGCACCGCGAUACGGAUCCAGGAAUAACCGGGAGUGGUCCCCACAGGCGCAGGAGGAUCGGGGCGCGGCGCCUGAUUACCCUCACCGCCGUGAAGAGGACGAGACUCCCCGGAGAGGACGUUUUUCCGUGGAGCCAGAGUGGAGACGCGGUGUGAGAUUUCUGUCACCCGCUCGGCGUUCACCUUCUCGGCGUUCCCCUUCUCUUCUCCAAUCAGACGGAACCAGGGAAACGACCAGUAACUGGAGGUGGAGGCUCCGCGCUCCAUGGAACCGCACACUGAUUUCUAUAUCGGGUAUGUGGAACCUGAGACUCGGGAUUCAAUGGGGUUGGUGGUUGCACAGGGCUUACAGGACGUCCCCUGACAAACGGAGGGAGAUCGACAGGCAGGUGCAGCGACUCCUGGCAGAUGGGGAAGGCUCCAACGUAAGGCGUCUGCAGCAAGAGGACCCAGAUAUUCGAUCUCUGUUGGAGUGGCUUAGAGCGGGUGAGAGGCCGUCCUCAGUGAGGAUUAAAGGGGCUGGUAAGGCUCUCCGUAUUUUGUGGCACGAGUUUCCUCGCAUGACCAUGAUUGACGGAAUUGUGCACAGGGUUGUUGCCCUGUCUGAUGUGGAACAGACAUGGCAGGUUGUCGUCCAUCGGUUCUGGUGCCGGAGGUCCUGCGUCUUCUUCAUGGUGGGCCCUUGA